UGCUGUGUAACUUUGAUAAACGUUUAUCACUUCCUCUUAUAACGAAAUAUCCUUCGGGGCUGUGUUACAGCUGGGAGGUGUCUCUUCCCCUAAAGAAACCAGCCAGACGGGAGUGGGGCUUUCUGACCGAAAGCCUGCAGGUUGUCAGUCAGUCCAAGAAUGAGCACAUGUAAGAAGCCUUAUGUUGACCAGACUACAAAUCUUGAGAAGUUUGACCCUGAAAUACUGUCUGAAAUUGAGAAGCUCUUUGCAAAGAAGUUUUCUUACACUAAGCCACUUAAUAAUGAAUGGCAGCUCCCAGACCCCAGCGAUGCCUUCACGUGUGACCACAAGGAAUUCAACUCACUUCUUGAUCUGAAGAACUCGAUGAAUGAAGUGAAGAAUCAGCUUAGUGAUAAGAAUCUUAUUGAAUGGCAUCAGCACACUUCGUUUACCAAUAAAGCAGGAAAAAUAAUUCCUCACGUGAAGAAAUCUGUGAAUGCUGAGCUGUGCACCCAGGCCUGGUGCAAGUUUCAUGAGAUCCUGUGCAGUUUUCCUCUUCUCCCCACAGAAGCUCUUCAAGAGGGACAACUGAAUUCUGUUCACCUCUGUGAAGCACCGGGAGCUUUUAUAGCCAGCCUCAAUCACUACUUGAAAUCUCACCAAAUCCACUGCGACUGGAAUUGGGUGGCUAAUACUCUAAACCCAUAUCAUGAAGCAAAUGAUACCCUUAUGAUGAUCAUGGACGACCGUCUUAUAGCAAAUACGCUGCCUUGGUGGCACUUUGGCCCAGACAAUACUGGCGAUGUGAUGUCAUUGAAGCAUCUGACAGGACUUCAGAACUUUGUAAGUAAUAUGACCACAGUUCACUUAGUAACUGCUGAUGGCAGUUUUGAUUGCCAGGGGAAUCCAGGUGAACAGGAAGCUCUCGUCUCACCCCUCCAUUACUGUGAAACAGUCACUGCUUUAAUGAUCCUGGGUGCUGGAGGAUCCUUUGUUUUGAAGAUGUUUACCCUAUUUGAGCACUGUUCUACCAAUCUUCUCUUUUUGCUGAACUGUUGUUUUGAGGAGGUCCAUGUCUUUAAGCCAGCCACUAGCAAAGCUGGAAACUCAGAGGCCUAUGUAAUUUGUCUUCGUUACAUGGGCAGAGAAAGCAUUCAUCUGCUGCUUUCUAAGAUGAUGCAGAACUUUGGGACAGAAAUGGUCAACAAAGCUCUUUUCCCCCAGCAUGUGAUCCCAGAAUCUUUUCUUAAAAUACAUGAAGAAUGUUGCAUGUUCUUCCACAAGCACCAGGUAGAGACUAUCUGUGAGAACAUCCAUCUCUUUGAGCACAUGGAGGAAGCGGAGCAGACGAAGCUGAACAAGUUAAGAGAUUGUGCAGUAGAGUUCUUCAUGCGAAGAUUUUGUAUGAAACCCAUUGCUAGAAAUAACUGGCUUGUCAAGAAAUCUCAGACUGGUUGCAGCAUGAAUGCAAAAUGGUUUGGGCAAAGGAACAAAUAUUUUAGUACGUACAAUGAAAGAAAGAGGCUGGAAACCCUUACGUGGAAUGAUAAAGUGGCAAAGGGCUAUUUAAAUCACGUGGCUGAAGAACAUAGUUUAAAUAAUGCUGGUAAAAUGUGCAUUUUGGAAGGACUGUCUUCUAACCUUAAGUGUAACUUGUGGUACAUUUUGGAAGGAAAGAGGCUACCAGCGGUAAAAUGUUCUCCAUUUUGCGAUGGCCAAGUCUUGGAAAAUCUUAACGAAGCUAUGAAUGAACUGGUGGGGAGGCCAAAAAACAGCCAGCUGCUGCAGCUUUGUCACUCUUGUGAGAUACUUCCUGGGGACCAGAUACUGGCAGAAGUGUCUGAUCUUUCCCGGACUUAUCAGGAGGUCCUGAAUGGAAGAUGUAGGGACAAAUUCAAGUGCCUUGUGGUGGACUUCCCAUCCCUUUAUGAUACUGGAAGCCAGCUCAGUAUGGAAAUAAAGUGCCUAGACUCAGCCACGCUACUGACUUUUAGCUUCUCUUUGCUUUAUGAUGGAGAACCAAAAUACCAACAGCAGCUUUUGGAGUGUGUUCUGCAUUCCCUGAAUCAGCUUACAAUGGGAGAUGCAUUGGUUCUGCCAAUUCUUUCUUGUUUUACACGGUUCACAGCUGGCCUGGUGUUUGUACUGCAUUGCUGUUUCAGAUGCAUCACGUUUUCUUGUCCGACGUCCUGCGAGCCCCUAAAGACCUGCGCUGUUUUGCUGUGUGUUGGUUACCAGGGCAUCCCAAGUCCAGUUAUUAAGUACCUGCAACGUCUGCGUAAACUAAUGAGCUCUUUGCUAGACUCAGACUCUCCCAAGCAAGUUUUGCAGUUUGUGCCGAUGGAGAGUCUCCUCCAGGGCAAGCUGCUGGAGUUCUUGUGGGAUCUGAACACGGCCAUUGCAAAGAGACAGCUCCACUUGCUUGUACAAGCUAAGCAUCAGCAAAUGACUGGCAAUAUUUCACUAUAAAAUAACCCUAGCAUUGAGCAAGUUGCUGCUAUGCCUUGUUUCUCAGGCAGGUAGAAGUUAAAAAUGUUGAUGUGAAGGAAAUGUCAAUGCCAUGUGUAAGUUUUACAGUCACAGCAUUGGGAGGAUGUUUUGAGCUACCAACCCCUCUUGUGGUGUACUGGCCUGUAGAAACCCCUGGCUUAAUCUCAGGUGUGGGGCAGUUGGGGCAGUGAUUGAAGUGGACAAACUGUUUCUUCUGUCACAAUUAUCUGUUCCAAUUUCCUAGUGUACCACCUAGAUCAGUGCUGUGGCCUUUGUGAUGAGAGGUGGUCUGGUGCCUUACCCAUUUUUUUCUGACAAGACUGUGGUGGGCUCUGUUUUAUGACAUUAUCCCUCUUCUGCUGAGCUAAACGUGGGAGUUCUGACACCGCUGCCUUCUCUUACAGGGUUUGUGGAAGCCAAAAGUUGAUGCUGGGGCCAGAAUGCCCAGCAGUACGCAAGCCUGGUAUAUGGCGUGAGGGAUGAGCAUCUUGAGAACAGGCAAGAGGCUUGCAGGGGCUGGGUUGAAAACAACUGCCUUUAAGCAGUAGCAGAGGUGUCCAGGGAAAGAUUCUCUUUAACUUCAAAUGUGAAUGCCAGGACCAUGCUUUAUGGCAUAGGACAGCUGAUUGCAUGGCUUCAUCUCCCUGCCCCAUCAAUGGCUGGAGUGUUUUAACUUUAUUUUUUAUGGACACCUCCUUAACGUGAUUUGAGACUCCUUGAUGAAAGUACUAUGGAGGAGCUGCAGAUGUGUUUUUUUUGUUUUUUAGACUAAAAGCCUGGUCACAUAGAGCUCUGUGUUCCAAGAAAUGCUUGGAGGAGCGCUAAGCUGGAGAAAUGUGAUACUCUCUUUGGGUUAAGAUUUCAUUUGGUUCUCCUUAGAGAUAAAAAUGAUGAAAUUGCUGACUGGCUGCUCCUUUAAGGGAGUCAAAUUUUAUUUUUCAUAUUGCUCCUUUGAGGGCUGAAUUUUGAAGCCUAACUCGUAUAUUAACAUUUAGUUUUAAGUUUGUAGUUUACAUGGGAAAACUUGCUCGGAGGGAGAAAUGAUGUUUGGAGGGAGAAAUGAUUUACUGCUGAUAUGUGCAGGAUCUCCUAGAAAAAAGUCGGAAACGUGGAGCUAGAAGGAAAAUAGUCUCCUGAUUAAUUACCAGUCACCUUCUGGAAGCACUUCUAAUUAUGUAAUAUAGGAGCUUGAAGGAUAAUUGAUUACUGGUAAGGAUUAAAAGCGCUACUGAAAAACUGUUUUGUCUGGAGGUGCUGCACAUUUAAUAAGCUUUUUUGCCACGUUGAUUGGGGCAGAAUUUCAUGCAUUUAACAGUUCAUUUUUUAUUUAAGGAUUUGAUAGGUGAAUGAGUUGGUGGCUCAGGUCUGACUGAUUCAUAGCAUUUUCUAAAAGUCAUGUUUUUUACAGCUGCAUGUAAGUAGGAACAGAGAAGCCUUGCUAACAAAAGCUUCAGGGGUUGGUCAUUGUCCCCUUUCAUUUAUUUAAAUGAGCUUGCUCUGUUGUGAGCUGAGUCAUGCUUCCUCCCUCGGACCAGGAUUCGGGAUUUCUUUAUUGAAAGAAAUACUGAGAAUGAGAGAGAGAAAUAUUGUAGAAGAAUGAAUGACAAGAUGGGAUGAAAGACCACCUGUAACAGGUGUCCUUUAUCUCAGUCAAAGUGGGAUAAAGGUAUUGUCCACCAAAGACACCUCUGUGUCUCUGCUGCUGUUUUGGAGGUGAUUUAUGCAUCUGAAACUUGCACUGAGCACAUGAAGCGUAUGAAAAGGCUUCUCCUAAAGCAGGGGCAAACGAGAUUUCGAGUGCAUGGGUGUUCUUGCAUUGUGAUAUUGUGCUGUGGAGGCGCGGGUGGCAGAAACGUCCCAACCAGCAGAUGAAUAAUGUGAGGUUUUUCUCCUAACGUCAGUCGGAUAUUUUUGAAUUCUUAUUGUAAAGUAAAAUCCUGAGGUGACCACCGCUCAGGUUGUGUUUUUCAAACUUUAAUUUUCAAGCUUUCCUUGGUCUCUUUGGCACAUCUGGCAAACUAUGCAGACUUCUUGGAGACUUCUCCAAUCCCAUCUUUCCUCAUAGUGUUCUGCUUCCCUUUCUUCCUUAGUUUUUAAAAGCAUUUUGAAUAGCCACAGAACUGUAUGAGAAGCCAAAUCCCUAAAACAUAAGAAAUCCAAUGUCAUGUGCAGCCUGGUGCCCCAUUUGCUCAGGACCUUUUCUGCUGGCAGCUGUAGGAGGUGAUGGGAGAAAUCCUUUGGCAGCAGCUGGUCCUUCUAUUAAGGAAAAAAUGUGGUCUGGGAACUCUUCUUUUGUUGUUGUUGUCUCGAUGGCAGCAGUUUCAAAGUUAGGAACGACGCUUGUCUUUUUAAUUGCGAGAGUCUCGCAUUGUCCUGGCUGUCUCUAGACCAAAAAUUUCUUUGAGAAGUGACACUUAAUUUCACUUGUGACUUUUGGAAUAUGUAAGAAUGCAUGGGAAGAAUGCAUUAACCUUUGCGGAGAGGGGCUGAUGGCUCCCGCGUUGGUUGGUGCUGUCAGUCCCCUUGGCCGAUUGGGUUUUAGGUGAUGGUUGAUGAAAUGUCUCAGUAUCCUGGUUGUCUUAAUGCUGGCCUUUUUUUUUUUUCUUUGACCUGUUUGAAGAUGAAUUGGAUAUUGGCUCUCAUUUGUAGGAGCCUCAACUUUCACGUGGGGAAGAUGGUGGAGGGAAAAACAGAUUGGUAGGGAGAUUCAAUAUCAUAGAACAUAGAUUCAAUCAAGGUGCGUGAAAACUUGAAGCAAAUUUAGUUUUGCAGCUCUGCUACUGCACGUUUCCAAUGGAGGACCAAUGUCUACCUGCAGUGAUCAGCUACGAGCUCCACUGUUUUGUUCUGAAUGUCUGGAUCUUCUGUUCUAAGCUAGCAUAGUGGUUGCGUGUAGGUUGAAUGAAUUAGAUACCUCACCAAACGAAGAUGUUGCUUUUCCUUUUUAGUUGAGUUGCAUUGAGACUUGCCAGUUAUUUUCACUGAUCUUAUGUGGAUUUAUUUGGAUGUGCACAGAUUGCGUGUGUUUUUGCCACUAGCUUUCCAAUUUAAUUUCUGCAAAACAUAAUGAGAUUUAUAGUAUGAAAUCCGGUAGCUUAUUAAAAUGGUACUAAUUGGUGUCUAUUCAUCUUAAUUUAAGCUGAUCUAUCAAAUUACUGGUGGUAAAAGUAGAAUAUUUAGCAGAAUUGCAGUUUAUUAAAAGCACAACUUGGGAUUUAACAAGAAGGGCUUCGUGUUGCUUAUGUAGAAAGUGGGAGAAGAAAAGAAGAAACCCCACACCUUGAUUUCAGAUCACUGUAACUGGAUGCUUUGGGAUGCAAUGAACGAAGGUUGACCAGCAAGCUGAAGCCUCAGAGCCUUACCACCUCCUGUUACUGUUCUUAAAACCCAUCUUUUGAUGUCUGUUUAAUUUACAGAUGGUUUUCAGCAUGUUAAUGGUGAAGCGGAGGGAAUCCUACGUUAAUCUGUCUUACUGUUUUGGUGGUGUGAAAUGCUUUUAUUUAUCAGCGCUCAUCCCCGUUUCUCAGCUUGAAACAAGAGCUUCCAUCUCAGCUGCAGCCUUUGAAUAUCUCUCUCUUAUAUUUUAGUGCUUUGGAGGCAGGGAGAUGAAAAUUUCCUCCCAGAAGUCUGGUAAUGGUUUCUCCAUCUCGUUCUUGAAACCGUUUUCGUGAAUGCCAUCCUGAUAUCCUCAGCUCCAGUUGUUUGCAUUGCGUUCACCUGACAAAGAUCAAGCGGGGCUGUUUAUGCCAGCGACGCGUUCAGCCUGUGGCUGCUCAUUUCUUACUCUUCAGGGAAUAAUUUGGAUUGCCUCCUGUACGACUUGUGGGGGUCCAGAGCUGAAUGUAAGCCUGAACAAUGGAAUUUGCUGAAGGAAUUAGCUGGUGGCUGUAGGGACUUAAACAAGCAGAACCUUUAUGAGACAUAUAAAUGCAGGGCAUUUUCCCACCAGCAAGGAGAGGCCUUUCCUUGCUAAAAAUUCUUCUCUAAAGAAGCUCUGAGGUGUCAGCACCUGUGCAAAUAGUUUACCAGCUGCGUGCUGCCGUUCUUGUAUGCACAUGGUAUGUUUGUGCUUGCAUGCAUCGAACCCCCCAGGAUGGUCCAGUGAGGAAGAUUUUUCUUUUGCAACUCAUCAAUGUGUGCUUUUGUUUUGAAGGAUGUGUAUGUCAAUAUUUUUUGGGGUGUACAUUAAGGGAUGUUGGUUUACGUGGCUGUUGCGUAUUUCCAUUUGGUCUGUGAAUGUGUGUUUAGAAGACCUUUUCUAAAUGGAAGGGAAACAAAAUGUAUGCAGAGAAAAAUAAACUGUGUUCUAUUUUAGCUUUGAAA